GAAGGUGGGUUGGCGUGGGGUUUGAGUGGGCGGCCUGCCUUUCCCAAAUUCGACCUUUAAACGUACAAUACCGUCUUUCCUCUUCACUAUGACAUUUUUUCUUUCAUAUAGACACUCCUUUUCUUUAUCUAUAUAUCUACAUUCAAACUGUUGCGAUUGAUCAAGUGUUUCAUUUAAUCUCAAAGCCAAGAUUGUGAUAAUUAACAUCCCAUUUUCUAAAAAUUCAUGAUCUGUGAAUUAAAUUAUGACGAGAAUUGGUCGGGAUUUUAGUUAUACAAUGCAAAAAGAUGCGGUUUCACCAGUAUCGGCUGAUGUGGUAUUUGCCUCUAGUCGGUUUCCAAAUUACAAAAUUGUAGCUAACAAUCAGAUUGUGGAGGUCAAGGAGGAUUCAAAAAUAUCUUCUAUGAAAGAGGUGGUUGCGCGGGAGACUGCCCUGUUGCUGGAGCAGCAAAAACGUCUUUCUGUUCGUGAUCUUGCCAGCAAAUUUGAGAAAGGGUUGGCUGCCGCUGCUAAGUUGUCUGAUGAGGCAAGACUCAAAGAAGCUGCUUCAUUGGAGAAACACGUGCUUCUGAAGAAGCUCAGAGAUGCUCUUGAAGCGUUAAAAGGACGUGUAGCUGGUAAAAACAAAGAUGAUGUAGAGGAAGCUAUCGCUAUGGUUGAAGCUUUAGCAGUUCAGUUGACUCAGAGGGAAGGAGAGCUUAUUCAAGAAAAGGAUGAAGUGAAAAAGCUUGCUACUUUUCUGAAGCAGGCUUCAGAAGAUGCUAAAAAACUUGUUGAUGAAGAAAGGGCUUUUGCACGGGCUGAAAUUGAGAAUGCUAGAGCUGCAGUUCAGAGAGUGGAAGAGGCUCUUCAGGAACAUGAAAGAAUGUCACGAGCUUUAGGGAAACAGGAUCUUGAAGAAUUAAUGAAAGAUGUGCAUGAGGCUAGACGGAUCAGAAUGCUGCAUCGACCUAGUAAGGUCAUGGACAUGGAACACGAGCUUCAAGCAUUAAGGAUUCAACUUGCCGAGAAGUCUAAGCAUUACCUAAAGCUUCAGAAAGAGCUGGCAAUGAGCAAGAAGGGCGAGGAAAAUAUGCCCUACUUAUAUGAAAUAGAUGGUAACGAGGCAUUGGGUUCAUAUUUGGUGAUAUAUCGUUGUUCUGAUGGAGCUCCAGAAAUUUCAGAAUGUGUUAUUCAAUGGUACCGUUCAACCUCUGAAGCUGGCAAAAAGGAGCUUAUAUCAGGGGCCACAAAAUCUGUUUAUGCUCCAGAGCCUUUCGAUGUUGGCCGAUUUCUAGAAGCUGUUAUUAUGACGGAUGGUCAAACAAUAACAGUGAGAACCACUGCUCCAAUUGAUCCAGCGGCUGGAUUAGGGAACUAUGUAGAAGCAUUGGUGCGAAGGCAUGACACUGAAUUCAAUGUAGUUAUUAUCCAGAUUAACGGGGUAGAUAAUCAGUCGCAGUCUAUCCAUGUACUGCAUGUCGGGAAGAUGCGAAUGAAACUUUGCAAAGGAAAGACAACAGUGGCAAAAGAAUACUAUUCCAAUUCAAUGCAGCUUUGUGGAGUUCGAGGUGGUGGGAACGCGGCAGCUCAGGCAGUAUAUUGGCAAGCAAAAGUCGGGCAUUCCUUCGUCUUAGCAUUUGAAUCAGAGAGAGAAAGAAAUGCAGCUAUUAUGCUGGCAAGAAGAUUUGCAUUCGACUGUAAUAUUAUGCUUGCCGGGCCAGACGAUAGAGCUGCAACAGGAACUUAAUACACCAACCUAAUUUUACCCCAAAAAAAUGUAAUUAUAUCGAUGUCGUUGUGUAUGUGGUUUCUGUUGGUUUUUAGUCGGCAGUAUGUGUCAAAUUUGCUUGAUUGUUCCAUCGACUCACUUAUUUUCUUCCCUUUAGCGUCAUUUACUAGGCAUUUUUUCAGUGGCCUUGAUCUGAUUUCCUUUUUUUUUUUUUCCCACCUGAUUGUAAUGCUAAUCUUGGAAGAGAUGAUCUUGAAUUUGUGUAAUGUUGCAGACCAGAUAGUAGAAAAGGAAGUUUGCGCUUUGCUCGAA